UUGAGUUCCACUUGCAGCCGCUGUUCUGCUGUUUUCUUUUAAAAAUCAUUACAUUUUCUUAUUAUUGAUAGGUUUAUAGUGUAAUUAGUUGCUAUAAAUCAGUGUUAUAAUUUGCAUUAAGUUUCAAACAUAACGUAUACAAGGUUAGUGUAAUUUCUGCAGAUCCCAAACGGGACUUCUGAAAGGUUAUUAUCGACCUGUCACGGAGACAUUUUUUCGUGGGGCCGUUCACGCAAAUUUCGCAAAAUAGGAGACGAAAACCCUUUCAAGUUCUCCAAUUUCAUAUCGAAUCUACCACCAAUUGGUGGUGGAGCGAUGCCGCGCUGCAGCAAGCGGUCGCGCGGCGGCGCGGCGGAGCUAUUGCCCGGCGCCACCGCGCUCGACGACCAGCACCACCACAAGCGCAGCCGGAACACCAGUUCACGUCGACAUUCCAAAUCGGAAGACACUAGUUUUAGUGUAAAGAAAUGUUUAGCUUGGUUUAAAGAAUAUACAACAGUUACAGACCCGGAUGUGUUAGGUCCAGAAGGAAUGGAGAAGUUCUGUGAAGACCUAAACGUGGACCCAGAGAACGUAGUAAUGCUCGUCAUAGCAUACAAAAUGGGCGCCAAACAAAUGGGAUACUUCACACAAGAGGAGUGGUUAAAAGGUUUAACCGAGCUACAGUGUGACAACGUACACAAGUUGCAGAACAAAUUAGAAUACCUCCGCAGUUUACUCAAUGACCCCUAUAUAUUUAAGGCUAUCUACAGAUAUUCAUAUGACUUUGCCAGGGAUAAAGACCAGAGAUCCCUGGACACGGGCACGGCUCGGGCGCUGCUAGGCGUGCUACUCCCCCGCUGGGCCCUGCGCGGCCCGCUAAGCGACUUCUUACAGCGCGAGCGUCGCUACCGCGUCGUGAACCGCGACCAGUGGUGCAACAUAUUGGAGUUCAGCCGCACUGUCGACGCGGCCCUCACUACCUACGACGCCGACGGCGCUUGGCCGGUGAUGCUGGACGAGUUCGUGGAGUGGCUGCGAGCCGAGCGCGCCCCCGACGCCGCCAUGGCGCCCGCCAGCUGAGAGACACACGCCCCACCCACCAUCUCCACCACCAACUCCACCUGCUCCACUAGCCGCUCCACCAACAAAUCCACCGUUCGAGCUACCCGAUCUGUACGUGCUUCAAACAAACAAUAGCUUUAUAAUUGUCUACUGUAACUUUUUUUAGGGACUAUUUAUAGUAACUAUAAACGGGUCGCUGUAGCCGUAGCAUGCUGCUCGUAUAUCGCGCGCGACACGAUAAGUAGGCCAAAUAAUGGCUGCGCGGUAAAUAAACCAAUUCUGUUGGCACUUGCAACAUUUUAACGUGGUAAGAAUCCGGUAUUAUGUGUUUUAAUUAUAUCGCGUCGGGCGCGAUAUGCAGGUAUGUUACGGCUACUGUAAAGCUGUGCGUCCACGUAAGCGGAAUCGGAUCAUACAGAAAUGUCUGAUCCCUUCCAUACAUUUUAUAUUACCAAUAAUCGCGAACGGCGCUUUUUUGUAGUACGAACUUUUUUGUAUGGAUUUUUGUAGUACAUUGUUACUCUGUUUCGCCAUUGUGGAACUAGAUGUCGCUAACCGUAUAAGCCUACUUAUGAUAUGCUUACUUAAGAUUACUUACUAACCGUUACAUGAGCCAUGUCAGGGGCCUUUGGUGACUCAAUAGUAACCCUGACAUCAGGCUUGAUGAGGGUGGUCAUUGACCUUAUGACUUACGCGAGAGAAGAGGAUACUCCAUGGUACAGGACAUCAAGAUAUUGUUUAUUUUUUAUGUCGUUUCGGGCAACCCUUAAUUUGACAGAUCGAAAACUAGCUUUACUACAAAAACUAGCUCUUUCUUGCACUUAUUGUAAGUGAAGGACGGCAGUAAUUGGCUGGCAAACUAAAAUUGGGUUAAUAAAAACACAUAAUAUCGGAUUCUUACCGCGUUUAA